UCCGUAUCAACCCCCAUUCAAAUACGUAAACAUAUCGAAAAUAUUUUUAUUUUUUUUGCAAAAACCACAAAAACAACUCAUAACUUUUUUUAUACGGUCUUUUUUAAUCUGUUCAUUCGGGCAUUUUAAUUUGGAAAAUUACAAAAAGUGAAAAUGGGGACCGACUUUCGGAGGGAGUGGGUCAAAAACACCGUCACGCGGGUCUUCGGCCUCGCGUCUGGCCAUUACUUCGAGGACAUGAUGGCCAGCGCGGACGAGUUGGAAGACAAAUUGUCUUCCUACUUAGAAGACGACCUACUCGACCAGGAGCUCGACACGGUAAACAACAUGAGGCUCUUCUACGUGCAGAGGACCUCUUUUGAAAAACUGGUCGAGAAGGAGAUCCUGGUUCCUGAAAUUGUGAAGAAAGAGGUUCCCCAUGAAGUAGUACCAGAAGUAGUAGAAAAACCCAAAAAGAAAAAAGGCGGCAAAGAAAAACACAAAAAAGGAAAGAAAGGAAAGCACUCCCCUGCUCUAUCACCUAUAUCUGAUGUUGAAAAUACUGCGGGUAAAGGAGAGCCAGCUGACACAGAAAACCCCGAGGGAAGGACUGAACAACAACCUGACCAACCUCACGAAGAGUCACCAGGGAAUGACCCUAACAAACCUGAAGAUGACUUGCCUGUUACCGAAACAGAAGCCUCGACUUUGCCUUCAGCUGAGGUUACCGAUGUCGAAGUAUCUGAUAUGGAAGAUACAGGAGGCAAAGAAAAAAAGAAGAAGAAAAAAGGUAAAAAGGAAAAAGGUCAGAAAGGUAAAAAGAAGAAAGUUUUGGAUGAGCCAGAAGAGAAGCCUGUAACUGAAGAAGAAGUUGAAGAAGACGAAAUUAUUUACGUUCCCAAAAUUAUCCAGGAGCUUGUAGUAGACUACACCCUCACAGGGGCCUUUAAUUGGAUCACCGAGGGAGUAUCAAACACAGACAAUAGAUUCGUUUAUUUUUUUCGGCGCACCGAAGUGGGCAUCCCAAACUUUGAAAGCAUGAAUGACGCAAAUAUCGAGAUGCCUUCAUACAUCAUUGUUGGUUCAGUCGGAGGCAAUUUUAUUCAGAGUGUUUCGUUUUUAACACAAAUGCUUUUUUUGCCCCUGUUUAAAACAACAUUUACCGAGCCAUCACUUAAGAAGAAUUUAUCGGACACCAUAUUGGCCAAAACUAAACGCAAUGAAUCUGGUGAUUACCGGCGUAUGUCCAUGAAAGUGGUUAGCGAUGCCAAGAAACAAAUGGAGCAGUUUUCUGUGGUAGCAGGGACUGGCGGAAGUAACCAUUUUCUUUCAGACGAGGGUGCAAAGUCUAAUACACCAUUAAAAGAUGAACUUUUAAAUGAAGUUGCAGGAUUUGGUAAUAUGCUUCACUGGGUAUGCGAACACGUUGAAGAUGAUAUUGACCUACCAAUGGCAGACCUAACGGACAUUUUAAAAUCCGACAAAUCUAAUGAAGAACUAAUUAAAGAUCCCAAAGUCAUUGAAGUCUUAGAGGAAGCAGUCUUGGGCUGGGAGAAGCACAUUAUCAAAGUUAUCGAGAGUUAUCUGGCAAAGGCUCCAAUUGGGAAUGGGCCUCUCCCCGAAUUCGAAUAUUGGCAUGAACGCGAGGCGGCGUUCAGCGCCAUCGUUGAACAAUUGAAGAAACCAACUUUGGUACAUAUCACUGAAUUGUUAGAGCAGUCCAAGUCUCCGGUAAUCGAUGCUUUUAUUCAUUAUCAAGUGGAACUCAAAAGAUACUAUGCUGAGGCUCGGGACAAUGUCAAAUUCUUGUCGACUAUUAAAAGGCAUUUAAAGGUCAUAACCAACAGUUACGACUUUAGAAAAGUAAAGGAUUGUAUUCCUGACUUAAUAGAAGGAUUGCACUUAAUAUGGGUUUUAUCAAGAUAUUAUAAUACGGACGAAGUGAUGGUGCCUUUUAUGGAGAGAAUUGUUUGGUGCCUGCUGGAGAAAGUUAGAAAAAUAUUGGAUAGCCGAUACAUAUUUAGAAAACCCAUCAACGAAGUAAAAAGGUUGACGAUUAAUGCAGCUGAAAUGUUGGAUACUUGGAAGUCAGCAUACAUGAUGACCAGGCAAAAAAUUGAGGAUUCUGGAAAAGGGCAAAGAUGGGAGUUUGACAAGAACAAAUUAUUUACUUCUUCGGAAUAUAUGGCGAAAGUCUGCCGGGAUAUCUAUAUGUUUGCUGUGACCGUGAGUCAUUUCAAAAAUAUAUUUGGGGCGGAACUGCGAGCCAUAGUGAGUGAUCCUCAGACAAUUGAUAAUGUCGCUAAAAGAGUGGAUAAGCUAGUAAUACAGAUUGAGCAGAUUGACUUUGAUAUUUUCGAUCCAAAUAGUAAAGAAAAUUGGGAUGCCGUUCUAAUAAACCAUGACAAGGAAGUUAGGAAAUUGGAGCUUGAGGGAGUUAAUUUCAUAGAUCAAAGUUUUAAAAUGAUUAGAUCUUCCGAAGGAGCUCUAGAAAUGAUGGUUAAAUUCAAACAUAUUGAAACUCGCGAGAUGAUACAAAAUAAGUUGAUGCAAAAGUUUGACGUCAUUCUGGACCAGUACACUAGGGAAAUAUUGACGGUUGAUGAUAAUUUUACUCGUAAUAAACGUCAUCCGAUUCUUAAUAAGGACAUGCCGCUCAGCGGUGGCUCAGUUUACUGGGUGCGUCUUUUAUUUCAAAAAUUGAAAAGGCCUAUUUUGAAAUUUCAAAAUGUUCCUGAAUUAAUGAACUCUCCUUUAAGGGAAGAGGCCUUUGAGUCAUACCUCAAACUGGCGAAAGACUUACGAGCCUAUGAAGAAACUAAGUUGGAAGAAUGGAAGGAGCAAAAUGGACCAUUAUUAGAAAAAGUAAUGCAACUAGAUAUCCUAAAGAUCACAGAUGCACCAAAGAAAAAGAAUUACUUUAAACCACAAAAAGGUUCUACGCAAAAUAUUAGGAGCAGUUCUGUUCAAAACCUUAACAGCUCGCUAGUAUCCAAAGCUGGUAGCAUGAUACCUAUAAAAAGUGGCAAAAUGCCGUUGCGUCAAUCUAUGAUGAGCCACUCCGCAGCGACGCUAAUGGGUCGGAUUCAGUCGCAGAAAAAUUUGACUUGGCAUGAAAUUAUGGGCACCAAUAUCAUGAUUGACUUCGGAUUAAAAUUUGAUCUUAAUUUUGAUGACUCUUUGUGGAAGUCCUUUAAGAGCAUAGAGAUGUUUGAACUAUUAAAGUUUACGUUGCCCGAGAACUUGCGCUUGAUUGCCAUGAGAAAGGAAAAAGUGUCGAAGGCGGUUAAUGCUGUCAUAAAGAUGCUAAAGAUGUAUAAUGAUAUUAUUGAUAAGCUGACCAAGCCUCAGGUGAUCCUUCUAAAAGCUAAACUCCGCGACGUGGAACUUUACAUCCAGCAAGGACUCUCUCGCAUCAAAUGGUCGUCAUUAAGUGUCUACGAAUAUGCGGAGGAGUGUGAAGUGCUCAUAACCGCUCUCAAUACCCUUUUCGAGCAUAUCGAGCACAUUGAAAAAGAUUUAUACCACAGAAUCAGAAUCUUACGAAACGCCAAUCUUUUUGAUUUUAUACCGGCGAAACAAAAUCCUGAGCGGCUUCCUUGUAAAGACUUUUUUAAUACAAUGUAUGACAAACGUACUGAUAAGGUAUCAAGUAUGAUAAAGAUCUAUGAGUCCUUCGCUCCCAUCUUGAUAAAACUGGAAUAUCUGGUUCUGGGUACUAACACUGGAAACUCGCCGGAAAUGUAUAGUUACUACUCCUUUUGGGAAGUUGAAAUUUUCAAAUCUCUAAUAGGAAUGACUUUAAAGAACCUAGAAAAUUUUACUUCCAAGUUUGAAUUAAAAGAAUUACUCUUUCAAGUAGACGCUUUGGUUGUUACACCAGAAAUACUGCUUAGACCCACUGCUUCAGAAAUCUAUAACAUCAUUGUGCGAAACACUCACGACUUCUUUAAUAGACUCAAGAUAUUUCCUCGAUGGAUGCACGAGACUUGUCUGAUGUGCAAACCUAUCCAGACGUCAAAAAGGGAGGCAUUUUUAUUUUCUUUUUUUGAAGAAGUUAUGAGGGUUCCUGAUAUUAGCGAAGCUGUACAGAAGCUACAAGAAACGGCACAUAGGUCUAUCAUGCUUGUGCAUCGGUAUCUUCAAAAGUGGAAACGAUAUAAAAUGCUUUGGAGCUUUGAAAAAGAAUCGACGAGUGAAAAGUUUAUGUCGGGAAUGGUCACGCUAGAAACCUACGAUGCUAAGUUUAUGUUCUACAAGGACAUCUCUGAUAAUAUGAUUAAUAAUAAAAGUUUUAUAGAUAUAGACAGCAUCCGCCUUAAUCUUCGUCCGUUAUUGAACACUAUUAGUUUUCACUGUAUUGAAUGGAAAAAUACAUUGGGCAAGUUAUUGGAUUUAAAAACUUAUGACGAGAUGAUUGAUAUGAAGAAAAUGAUUGAACAGCUCCACUCGACUGUUAGGGGAAACAUAAAAGGCUUGGAAAGGUUCAAGGCAAUCAUGAAUGCUAUUGCAACAAUUCGUAAACACAAUAUUCAAGCAGAGUUAGAUUACUUGAGAUUCCAAGAAAUAUACUCUAUGCUAAAGCAACAUGACAUAGAGUUUGAUCCAGAACAUGAGAUUUUAGCUCAUCAACUGGAGAAAGAUUGGAAAUCCCUGUUACUUUCAGGACUUUAUCGAGAACAAACAUUGGAAUCGACUAAAGAACGCUUUGCUUUGCUGACCUUAAAUGAAAUUAACUCUUUCUUGGAUGUUUUAAGAGAGUUCUUAGAAAGGUUUAACAAAGAAGGUCCUGGAGCAGUAGGAGAAGAUCUAGACUCUGGUGUCAAACUAAUGGAAGAAUAUCGCAUCGAAUUUGGCAACCUGGAAACCAGAAGAGUGGAUUUAGUUAAUGCAGAGAUGCUUUUUGAUAUUCCUUUGGCGGAUUAUUCAGAUUAUAUUAAAGCAAAAGAAGACUUUGAGGGCAUGGAUGUUAUUUACAAAGUUUACAAAGCUCAAAAGCAUGCUAGAGAGCUUUGGGGCAAAACUUUAUGGGCCAAUUUGAAUCCCCAAGCUUUAUUGGAUGGUAUUGAUGGUUUUCUAAAAGAGUUUCGCAAAAUUCCCAAAGAAAUUCGUAACAUGCCUGUUGGUUUAACACUGGAAAUUAAAAUGAAACAGUUUCGAAACUCAGUGCCACUAAUGGUAGCCUUAAAGAAUGAAGCUUUAAGAGAUCGACAUUGGAAGCAGUUAAUGGCGAAGACUGGAAUUGUUUUCGAUAUGGCUCCUGAUAGGUUUACUCUAGAUAACAUGUUUGCAAUGGAACUACACAGAUUUCAAGAUAUGGCCGAAGAGAUUAUUAAUAACGCCAUAAAGGAGUUAGCUAUAGAAAGGGGUGUCUUGGAGAUUGCGGACACAUGGAAGACAAUUGCAUUUAUCGUUUACAAGCAUAUGAAAGGAAACGAUGAUCGAGGUUUUAUUAUCGGCCCUACAGAUGAAAUAAAUCAAGUUUUAGAAGAUAACUCUAUGAACUUGCAAAGCAUGGCUGGUUCACAAUUUGUUGGUCCGUUUUUGGGGCAGGUGCAGAAAUGGGAGAAGACGUUGGCAAAUAUUAGUGAGGUGAUAGAUGAAUGGUUGUCGGUGCAAAGGAAAUGGUUAUAUUUAGAAGGAAUAUUCGUAGGAGGUGAUAUAAGAUCACAGCUUCCGGAUGAGGCUAAGAAGUUUGACGAGAUUGAUAAGGCAUUUAGACGAAUUAUGUUUGAUACCGCUAAAAGGCCAAUUGUAUUGGAAGUGUGCACAAUCCCUGGAAGAUUAGAAGAAUUCGAAGGGUUGGGUAUUGGUCUUGACCGAUGUCAGAAAUCCUUAAAUGACUAUCUGGAUUCAAAACGGAGAAGAUUUCCUCGAUUUUAUUUUAUAUCCACUGAAGAGCUGCUAUCUAUUCUGGGCAGUAGCGAACAUACAGUUGUUCAAGACCACAUGAUUAAAAUGUUUGACAAUAUUAAAUCUUUACGAUUCGGUACUGAUAACAAUGAUCGUGUAAUAGCAUCAGCUAUGAUAUCUGGUGAAGGGGAAGUUAUGGAAUUUAGAAAUGUUGUUUAUAUAGAAGGUAAAGUGGAAGACUGGAUGAAUGACGUCUUAAAAGAAAUGCGUAAAUCAAAUAGGUUUAUAACAAAAAGUGCCAUUUUCUACUACGGUAAAAUCAGACGACCACGUGUUCAGUGGAUGUUAGAAUACCAGGGAAUGAUAUGUCUAGCAGGGAGUCAAGUAUGGUGGACCGCCGAGGUUGAAAACGUAUUUGUAAAGAUUAAGAAAGGUAACAAGAGAGCUAUGAAAGAGUAUCUUCAGCAGCUGAAUAACCAAUUAAAUGAAAUUGUUAUAACCGUGAGGGCCGAUCUGACACCUAAUGAUCGCACAAAAUUUCGAACUAUAGCCAUCAUUGAGGUUCAUGCAAGAGAUAUAGUGGAGAACUUUGUAAGAGACAGCGUGACUGACGUCUCAGAGUUUGAGUGGGAAAGUCAACUUCGCUUUUAUUGGGUCAACCAAUUAGAUAACCUUUGGGUAACUCAAUGCACUGGCUCGUUUGAAUACGGCUACGAAUAUAUGGGACUUAACGGUCGAUUGGUAAUCACUCCUCUCACGGACCGGAUUUAUCUCACUAUUACUCAGGCACUUAUAAUGCACAUGGGCGGGGCUCCUGCAGGCCCAGCAGGUACGGGUAAAACCGAAACAACAAAAGAUCUCGCUAAAGCUAUGGCUCUCUUGUGCAUCGUAACGAAUUGUGGAGAAGGAAUGGACUAUAAGGCUAUUGGAACAACCUUGGCUGGCUUAGCUCAAUGCGGCGCAUGGGGAUGCUUUGAUGAGUUCAACCGAAUUGAUAUUUCUGUUCUUUCUGUUAUAUCUACCCAACUGCAGACUAUACGGACUGCCUUAAUGAUGAAAUUGGAACGCUUCACCUUUGAAGGAGUUGAAAUUGCCUUGGACUCGAAAGUUGGCAUUUUUAUUACAAUGAAUCCUGGUUACGCUGGUAGGACUGAACUUCCAGAAUCUGUAAAGGCAUUAUUUAGGCCUGUAGUAUGUAUUGUGCCAGACUUGGAAAUGAUAUGUUUAAUUUCGCUUUUUUCGGAUGGGUUUUUAGAAGCGAAAGUGCUUGCCAAAAAGAUGACUGUUCUUUACAAACUAGCUAGAGAACAGUUGUCUAAGCAGUACCACUAUGACUGGGGAUUAAGAGCCUUAAACGCAGUGCUUAGAAUGGCGGGAGUUUUAAAAAGAGCUUCGCCUGAUAUUAAGGAAGCUCUUGUUCUAAUGAGAGCUCUAAGAGAUAUGAACCACCCAAAAUUCGUUUAUGAAGAUGUUCCUUUAUUUUUGGGAUUAAUUAGGGACUUAUUUCCUGGUAUGGACUGCCCGAGAGUCGGCUAUCCAGAUUUCAACGCCGCUAUAGAACAAGUGCUGACCAAAGAUCGUUAUAUUGUUUUACCUUAUCAAGUGGAUAAAGUAGUUCAAAUGUAUGAAACUAUGAUGACUAGGCAUUCUACUAUGAUGGUUGGUCCUACUGGAGGAGGAAAAACUGUGGUGAUAAAUGCUUUGGCAAAAGGUCAAACGGUUUUGGGUCUUCCUACGAAGAUAUUUACUUUAAACCCCAAAGCUUGUUCAGUUAUUGAACUCUAUGGUAUUCUUGAUCCCUUAACUCGAGACUGGACUGAUGGGCUACUAUCCAAUAUAUUUAGAGAAAUGAACAAACCGACCGAGAAACCCGAAAGGCGUUACAUCUUAUUCGAUGGAGAUGUAGAUGCUCUAUGGAUCGAAAAUAUGAAUUCUGUGAUGGAUGAUAAUAAACUCCUCACACUUGCGAAUGGUGAACGCAUUAGGCUGCAGGUGCCUGUAUGCGCAUUGUUAUUUGAAGUUGGUGACUUACAGUAUGCAUCACCCGCUACAGUAUCUCGAGCCGGAAUGGUUUACGUCGAUCCGAAGAACUUGGGAUAUCAACCAUUUUGGGACAGGUGGGUAAAUAGCAGAAAUCACGAGCCAGAACGUUCGGCAUUUUCUGAGUUUUAUGAUAAAAUUGUACCUGAUUUGAUGGCCUAUGUCAUGGAAGGAACAUUGGGCAAUAAGCAGGUUAAUCCACUGAAGACGGUUAUACCACAAACAGGGCUUAAUAUGAUUACUCAGCUGUGCCAUAUGAUUGACGCCAUCUAUCCGCAACCUGAGGAAGAUACUAGAGAUCCUGAAGAACCAGUGGAUACAGAUCUUAUUAAUGCAAUAUUUGUCACGUCUCUGUAUAAUUCAGUUGGUGCCACGCUAAUAGAUACUUGUCGUUUGGAAUUUGACGAGUACAUGAAAAGUCAAAUUUCCAUGUUAGCUACAAACGAUACACCUGAAAAUAAAUGUGAUUUGAUUCAUAUGCCGAUGGCGUUUCCUACAUUUUACGACUAUUUUCUGGAUGUAAAAGAAAAAGUAUGGGUAGCCUGGGAUUGGCUGGUACCUGAAUAUAUUCAUGAAAAAGAUCAAAGAUUUUCUCAGAUACUUGUUCCCACAGUGGAUACAGUUAGAGUUACCUACAUUUUGCAACUUAUGAAUAAAAUCAAGCGCCCAAUAGUUUUAGUUGGAGAUACAGGUACUUCAAAAACAGCGAUUAUUCAAGAUUUUCUUCGUCAUCUUGAUCCGGAGGUUUUCAUACUACUAAACAUUAAUUUUUCUUCCCGUACUUCUUCCAUGGAUGUCCAAAUGAAUCUUGAGUCAUCAGUAGAAAAAAGAACAAAAGAGAUUUACGGGCCACCAAUGGGAAAGAAACUUAUUUGUUUUAUAGAUGAUAUGAACAUGCCACAAGUAGACGAUUACGGUACACAGCAGCCUAUAGCUUUGUUAAAACUUUUAUUUGAAAAAGGUGGCAUGUAUGAUAGAGGAAAAGAUUUAAACUGGAAAGUUCUUAAAGACAUUUCAUACUUUGCUGCUAUGGGUAUUGCUGGAGGUGGUAGAAAUGAGGUAGAUCCGCGAUUCAUUUCCAUGUUUACCGUCAUGAACUUAGUUUUCCCUACCACAAAUACUUUACACCAUAUUUAUUCUUCAAUACUAAGCGGUCACUUAUCUUCUUUUGCAGAAGAGCUACAAAUUGCACCAGUUCUUCUUACAAUGACCCUAAAUCUUUAUAAUAACUUGAUAAUACAUCUUCCUCCCACGCCCAGUAAAUUUCAUUAUAUUUUUAACAUGCGAGAUCUUUCAAGAAUUACUGCAGGUUUGUGCAAAAUUACUCCAAAAUUUUUCCAAACUCUGCCUCAAAUUGUACGAGUAUGGAGAAACGAAUUCACAAGGGUGUUUUGUGAUAGGCUAAUCAAUACUGAGGAUCAGAAAUAUGUUCGGAAUGAGUUAGUGGAACAAAUAAAAAAGUAUUUUCCAAAAGUUACAAAGGCUGAAACCCCUAAGACAGAUGUAGACGAUGACGAUUUCCAGUUUGAACCUGAUGCACCUGUUGAAGAAGCCCAGGAAGAGCAAGCCGACAUUUUGGAGUACUCCAUGCGCGAUCCUCUAUUGUUUGGAGAUUACAGAAAUGCCGUAAACGAAGGAGAAGCACGAGACUAUGAAGAUUUGCUCGACUAUGAUGCUGUCUACUUCUUAUUCCAAGAGAUCAUUGAGCUCUAUAAUGAGCGCAAGGAAAAACUAAAUAUAGUCCUCUUUAAUGAUGCUCUUGAACAUUUGACACGGGUCCAUAGGGGUUUAAGAUUGGAAAGAGGGCACGUAAUGCUUGUGGGUGUUGGUGGUAGUGGUAAAUCAAGCUUAACCAGAUUAGCAGCUUUUACAGCGGAAUGUGAUGUGUUCUCUAUAGUACUUUGUAGGGGAUAUAAUGAGAUUAUGUUUAAAGAUGACUUAAAAAAGCUAUACAGUCAGUUGGGUAUUGAUAAAAAACCAACAGUUUUUUUCUUUACGGCAGCACAAAUUGUCGAAGAAGGGUUUUUGGAAUUUAUUAACAAUAUUCUAAUGAUCGGAUAUGUGCCUUCGUUAUUUACUGAUGAUGAUAAAGAACAGAUAAUCGGACAAUGCAGAUCAGCCGCUGUAAAAGCAGGAUAUGGGGUAGCAAAAGAUCAUGUGUGGCAGUAUUUCAUUAGCACGUGUAUUGAUAAUUUACAUGUGGUAUUAUCUAUGUCGCCAACUAGUGAUAUUCUUAGUAAGCGUUGCAGAAAUUUCCCUGGCUUAGUUAAUAAUAGUACUAUAGACUGGAUAUUUCCUUGGCCUUUGCAAGCCUUAUUUGCAGUAGCAUCAACAUUUUUGAAGGAAAAUCCGAACAUUCCUGAACAAUACCGAGAUACUAUCAUUGAACAUGUUGUUCAUGUGCAUCAAAGUGUCAUUGACUAUACACAGGCUUAUGCUGUAACACUUCGGCGUAAAAAUUACGUUACACCCAAACACUACUUAGAUUUUAUUACCAAUUAUCUCAAGUUGCUCGAAGAAAAAGGGAAUUACAUAAAUGGACAGUGUGAUCGAUUAAACAGUGGUCUUCUUAAAAUUGAAGAAGCAAGCGGCGAGCUUGCCAUUUUAAACGCUAGAUUAGAAAAGCAAAAAAUUGUAGUUGGUAAAGCUACUGCGGAGUGCGAAGCUAUGUUGGCAGAAAUCGAAGCUGGUACCAAUAUUGCAACAGAGAAAAAAGAUGCGGCAUCUCUUAAGAGUACGGAAAUUGAAGAACAGGCAAGAAUCAUAAGUAUCGAACAAGCAGAAGCAGAAGAGGCGUUAUCUGCAGCUUUGCCUGCCUUGGAAGCAGCUAGGCUCGCCCUAGCAGAUUUAGAUAAGUCUGACAUUACUGAAAUCAGAUCUUUUGCUACUCCACCUGAAGCUGUACAAGUAGUAUGUGAAUGCAUAGUCAUUCUGCGAGGAUACAAAGAAGUAUCCUGGAAAACCGCUAAAGGUAUGAUGGCUGAAGCUAGCUUUCUUCGAACAUUACAAGAAAUGAACUGUGAUGCAAUUACGCUUGCGCAACAACGUGCUUGCAAAGCUCAUAUGAAGAAAUCCAGUAAGCUUGAUGAUAUGGCGUCGGUCAGCAAGGCAGGAUAUGGUCUUUUAAAAUUCGUACAAGCCGUAUUGGGCUACUGCGCUGUGUUCAGAGAGGUUAAGCCCAAGAAAGAUCGAGUAGAACAGUUGGAAGCUGAAUACAACAACGCGAAACGUAGUUUAGAAAAGCUCUACAAUGAAAUUGCAAAACUUGAAGCUGAUUUGGAUAAACUUAAUCAAAAGUAUGCCACUGCAAUGAAAAGAAGACAGGAGCUUCAAGAGGAAACCGAUAUUAUGAUGCGCCGUCUAGAAGCUGCUGAUAAACUAAUAUCUGGUCUCAGCUCGGAGAAGAUCCGUUGGAAUGAAGACUUAAAGAACCUGAAAAUUGAAAAAGAGCGCCUGGUUGGUAACUGUAUACUUUGCUCAGGUUUUCUUGCUUACUGUGGCCCAUUUACUUUUGAGUUUAGAAGAAAUAUGGUAUAUCAAGAUUGGUGUACGGAUAUUCAAGAUCGUCAGGUUCCAAUGACUUUGCCCUUCCGACUAGAAAGAAAUCUAACUACUGAUGUAGAAGUGAGUCAGUGGGUCUCAGAAUCUUUACCUCCUGAUGAGCUAAGUGUACAAAAUGGCAUUUUAACUAUGCGGUCCUCAAGAUUUCCUUUGUGCAUUGACCCCCAACAACAAGCCUUAAAUUGGAUCAGGAAAAGGGAAGAAAAAAAUAAUAUGAAAACGUUAAAUUUUAAUGACUCAGAUUUCUUAAAGCACUUGGAUAUGUCCAUUAAGUACGGAGCACCUGUAUUAUUUCAAGAUGUAGAUGACUAUAUUGAUCCCGUCGUUGACAAUGUAAUUCAGAAAAAUGUUAAAUACUCUGGUGGCAGAGUAUUUAUUGUUUUAGGAGAUAAAGAGGUAGAUUGGGAUCCCAAUUUUAGACUCUAUAUGACUACCAAAUUUUCUAAUCCUGUCUUUAACCCUGCUGUUUAUGCUAGUGCGGUAGUUAUUAACUACACCGUGACGUUGUCGGGAUUAGAAGAUCAGUUGCUGAGUGUCGUUGUCAGGAAUGAAAGGCCUGACUUGGAAGAGCAAAGGGAAAACCUCAUUACUGAAACCAGUGUAAACAAGAAUUUGCUGCAAGUUCUGGAAGAUUCUUUGCUCAGAGAACUCUCUACUACAACAGGGAAUAUGCUUGAUAAUGUUGAAUUAGUGACUACGUUAGAAAAUACCAAAAGCAAAGCCACAGAAGUCAUGGAGAAAUUAGAUCUGGCUGUUCAAACUGGUAAAGAUAUUGAUAAGCUUCGAGAUGUCUAUAGGCCAGUUGCCAAGCGGGGUGCCAUUUUAUUCUUUGUACUAUCGGACAUGGCGGGAGUAAAUGCCAUGUAUCAAUACUCCUUAGCUUCAUACUUGGGAGUAUUUUCCUACUCUUUAAGAAAAGCCUUGCCUCAUACCAUACUAGAACGACGACUGAUGAAUAUUAUAAAUAUGUUAACAAAAAAUGUUUAUGAUUACGGGUGCACUGGCAUAUUUGAGAAACAUAAGCUGCUGUUUUCGUUUCAAAUGACCGUCAGACUGGAAGAAAGUGCUGGUGAAGUAAAGCAGACUGAACUCGACUUCUUUAUUAAGGGCAGCGUUAGCUUGGAAAAAUCUACUAGGGAAAAGCCAGCCACAUGGAUUACCUCGGAAGGAUGGGAGAAUAUUUUGAAGCUGUCCACAGAAUUUCCACUGUUAUUUGAAAAUUUACCUAGUCAGAUUGAGAGAAAUGUAGAUAUGUGGCAAGAAUGGUAUGAUUUGGAUGCUCCUGAAGCUGUAGACUUUCCAUUUGGAUACAAGGAGACAUUAAAGCCUUUUCAGCGACUUUUAUUGCUUAGAUGUUUUCGAAUCGAUAGAGUGUAUAGGGCUGUGGGAGACUACAUUACCGACAUAAUGGGCGAGGAGUAUAUUAUGCCUCCAGUCAUCAGUAUGGAUAAUAUUUUUGAACAAUGCAGCCCCAUGACUCCUGUUGUAUUCAUUUUAAGUCCUGGCUCUGAUCCUACUGCCGAGCUGAUGAAACUAGCUGACAGGUGUGGUUUUGGCGGUGGCAAAUUUAGAUACCUAUCGUUGGGCCAGGGACAAGAACCGACAGCUCUGCAGUUGCUCGAUACCGCAAUUUCCCGAGGACAAUGGCUUAUGUUUCAAAACUGCCAUCUUCUAUUGUCUUUUAUUAAGGCAUUGGAGAAGCAAAUUGAAAAAAUCAGUAAACCUCAUCCCGAUUUUAGACUUUGGUUGACCACCGAUCCAGUGCCAACAUUCCCUAUUGGGAUUUUGCAAAGAUCACUUAAGGUAGUCACAGAGCCCCCAAACGGUCUUAAACUCAACUUACGUAACACUUACUUCAAGAUGCGUGGUCAGUUGUUAAAUUCUUGCGCACAUCCAGCUUUUAAGUCGCUUGUUUAUGUGCUCGCGUUUUUCCAUGCGGUAGUUCAAGAGCGUCGAAAAUAUGAUAAGAUUGGUUGGAACAUAUGUUAUGACUUUAACGAAUCGGAUUUUAACGUUUGCGUCCAAAUUUUGGACACUUAUCUGACAAAAGCCUUAAAGGCGAAAGAUUCUCGAAUACCUUGGAAUAGUUUGAAAUACCUUAUUGGGGAAGUUAUGUACGGCGGUAGGGUCAUCGACGACUUUGACAGGAGAAUUGUAGCAACUUAUAUGGAUGAAUAUAUGGGAGAUUUUUUGUUUGAUACUUUCCAGCCGUUCCAUUUUUAUCAUGAUAGUACUGUUGACUAUCUUAUUCCUCAGGACGGAGAAAAGGAGGACUAUAUAGCCUUUAUCGAUGAACUUCCACUAGCAAAUAGUCCUGAGAUAUUUGGACUUCAUUCAAACGCUGAAAUUGGAUACUAUACGCAAGCAACUAAGGAAAUGUGGAACAUUUUGAUCGAAUUACAGCCUCAAGUCUCUGCUUCUGACCAAGGAAUGAGCCGCGAAGAAUUUAUAGAAAUCGUGGCGAAUGACGUACUCAAGAAAAUCCCUGAAGAAUAUGAAGUCUGGAAAGUUCGUAGAUACUUUCAAAGAAUGAUGUCCCCUACGAUAGUUGUUCUUCUUCAAGAAUUAGAACGCUUUAACAGACUUAUCGCCACCAUGAGAAGAACCCUGGUGCAGCUAAAAAAAGCGCUUGCGGGCGAAAUUGGUAUGGAUGCUAUUCUGGACAACGUCGCAUACUCGUUAUUCAACGGCCAACUACCAAACAGCUGGAGAAAAUUGGCUCCGGCCACUUGUAAAAAUUUGGGAGGAUGGAUGGAGCAUUUUGAGAUGAGGCAGCAACAAUAUUUCUCUUGGUCUACAACUGGAGAGCCUACAGUGCUGUGGAUCUCUGGUCUUCACAUUCCAGAAACUUAUUUGGCAGCUUUGGUGCAGAUUGCUUGCCGGUUGCAUAACUGGCCUUUGGAUCGUUCCACAUUGUAUACUUAUGUGACGGAGCAUGUUGACCCUGCUGAUGUUGUUCUUCGGCCAGCGGCGGGUAACUGCUUAGUGCAUGGACUUUACCUUGAAGGCGCCGCUUGGGACAUUGAAAACAACUGUCUAAAGCGCUCAACACCGAAAAUUCUAAUAGAGAAGCUUCCAGUUUUGGGUGUGGUGCCUAUUGAAGCGUUUAGGUUAAAGCUUCAGAAUACUUUAAAGACCCCAGUGUAUACCACUUCUUUGAGAAGAAAUGCAAUGGGAGUGGGGUUGGUAUUUGAAGCCGACUUGAGAACUACGGAACAUAUUAGUCAUUGGGUAUUGCAAGGAGUUUGUCUUGUUCUAAAUACAGAUUAGCCUUUUAAAACGUGGUUUGGACACUUAAUUGUGCAAUGAUCAUAUAAAAACAAUGUUCGGGUUUUUCUACUUUAGUCUAGUGGUGUUUCGCAAAAUGCAGUUUUAAUAUUGGCUAGCUAACAUUUAUUUAAUAACUGUGCAUGAUACGGACAUUGGAUUUAAGCAAUGUGAGUUAAUAUUAUACGGUUAGUUAAUAGAAGUAGUAGCAGUAAUACGUGUUCAGAUUUAUGUGAUCUCUAUUUUCCAUUGUAUGGGAAUAAAGAAAAGCUGUUAAUUUUUGACUAAUAAUAUUAUUCUUCAAUAAUUUAAUUAAAUUAUUUUAAGUAUUUCUUCAGAUAUUGUCUAAAAAAAUAUUUUGUUAUAUGGUAUUUUUCCAUUUUUAUGAAAAAAUCUGUGAUAUUUAUUGGGUAUUUACAUUAAAGUAAUUUAUAUUUU